UUUACUCCUACUAAUUUAGUUUUAGGAUGUUCCAUCAGGUGGAUCAUUGCCAACGGUAGUCUUCUCAAAUUAUUGACCUAGUUGGGUCUUGUGGACAGUAUUUUUGUGCGCCUAAUGUUUCUAUAGCGCUUCAGUCAAACACUAUUCCUUUCAACGGAGAGGACGGACGCCUGCUGCGCGCGGGAGCUCGCUGGCACUGUCGAGAGAAACAUAAAAUACGGUGUACGUCAAUGCACGCAUGACAGUGUUAUUCAAUAGUGCGACAUGAAGCAGAGGACGCGUAUUCAUCGUGACAAGAAAUGAACUGGUGUUUAGAGUGAAAAUUACGACCAUAUUUUAAAAAAUAUUGGAUAGUAUUUCAAGCAAAAAUUGUUGUGAUGCAAGUGUGGCGCGCAGUUUAUUACAUAGUGUGUAACAAAUCAACAGCAAUAUUAUUUUCUCUAUUUCUAAUUAUUCCUGGGAAGCCUUUGGAAGAUUGUGGAGUAAGUAGUAUUAUAAAUCACAGACAGCCUCGCAAUGCUUCUUCGCCCGCCGGACGCAUCAUCAAUGGCAAGCAGAGCCGUAAAGGAGCGUGGCCUUGGCAGGUUUCUCUGCAGCUACUUCAUCCGAAAAUUGGAUUCAUAGGACACUGGUGUGGAGGUGUUCUUAUUCAGUCCCAGUGGGUUGUCACAGCGGCACAUUGUUUCCACAAUGAUUUGUUUAAUUUACCUAUCCCUGUUCUCUGGACUGUGGUCCUUGGAGAGUGGGAUAGGGAGUUGGAAGAGAAGACUGAGAUACGAAUUCCAGCUGAAAGGAUAUUCCUGCAUGAGCGCUUCAGCAAUUAUCACAAUGAUAUAGCACUGGUGAAACUUUCUCGGAAGAUUGAUGUCAGUGGUGAACACAUAAAGCCAGUGUGUUUACCACACACCAUGUUAGCUCCUUCUGCCUAUGUGACAUGUGUGGCCACAGGCUGGGGUCAUGUUAGUCCCAGAGGAUCUCUUACUGCAACAUUACUUCAAGCUCGAAUUCCUCUUCAUGACAGUGCAUUAUGUAAAGCAAAGUACAAAGGCAUAGUUACCAUUCUUGCGAGUCACUUGUGUGCUGGUCAACUUGAUGGCUCAACAGGUACCUGUGUGGGGGAUUCGGGUGGCCCUUUGCAAUGCAACAUGCAAGACGGACACUGGUAUUUAGCUGGCAUCACGUCAUUCGGCUCAGGUUGUGCAAAACCUGGUUACCCUGAUGUUUAUACACAUGUACCUUUCUAUAUUUCAUGGAUUGAAGACAAGUUAAAAUUGUAAUUUAUAUUAUCAUUGCAUUCUUAAACAUUGUAAUGACAACCGAUGUGGUACAGAAAUGCGCUUUCAGAAUUAAUUUAACUGAUUAUUAGAGUUUAUUUCAUACUAUUAUAAUUACACAGAAUCAGUAUGACAAAUAGUGAUUGUAAUGAUUUGAAAUGACUAAAGGAAAAGAACAAAAGGAAACCAGAAAAUAUUUGCUAACAUGUAUUUAUUUUAUAUUUACACAUAUAAUAAAAUCAGUCAUUUUUUUCUCUGCAGGCAGAGAAAAGACAAAAAUUGUUUGCCCUAAUGUUUAUGAAUUUCAGAUACUGUGUUCAUGUUGUAAAAUAUUAAUUUUCACCAAAUGCAAAGGAAAUUUCAAAUAUAAGUGUCUCUAAUAUAUCAAACUAUUCAUUAUAAAUUUAAAGUAUUUGGCACAUUUUUUCUUUAAACAUGUGUUAUAUUUUUACUUACAAGGCAAAUUGUACUUCCAAUAUCUCAUAUUUUGAAAAUCAUUUUGAUAAAAUGCUUUAGGUCGCAUUGAGUUUACAAGAACAUUUUGAGAUAGGAAAGCUAGGAACAUGAGAACUCAAAGAAAAAUUUCAUAGCUACGAGGCAUAGAGAAAAUAUCUCUGCAUUCUUAUCAUGAAAUUAAAAAAUGUAGAUUUUAUUCUGGAGCACUUAAAAGGUAUUAACAUGUGAUAAAUUAGCCAUACAUUCAGUCAGUUUCAGUAAGUAAUAUCAUAAGUACUAGAAAUUGAAUAUUUAUAUUAAAAAAUUCUCUCAAUGUUUUCUGCCCAAAAGUAGAUAUUUCAUGCUGGUAAUAAUAUAUGUUUAACAUUCAUUUAAUAAUACAAUUUAAGUGGGAAAAUGUAUAAAAGUGAAGCAGAAUCAUUUCUGACUAUAUAUUCUGGCUACAGUUCAACGAUACAAAUUGCACAAUUGAGUAUUAAAUUACUAGUUUAAUUAAAAAAAUAUAAUGCAGUAGAAUAAUUGCAGAAUGGAAGACAACAAUGUUGGAAGUUACUAUUACCUUCUGAUAGCUUGACAACCACACUAAAAUACAUUCACGUAUGCUUUUCCUUCGCGAUGAAAGGAAACAAUGCAUCAUCUAGGUGUAUUUAAAAUGAGAAAGAAACUGUUAGUAAGCAAUUGCUUUUUAUGCCUAUGAAACUGUGUCAAAGGCCUCUACAAAGAAAUCUAAAAAGAAACUUGAAAUAAUAAAUAAUCUAUAGAUCUGGAAGAAAAUAAUACAGCAAACACCAUGCAGCAAUAAGAGAAUAUUAUGUGAACAUUAUUUUAAUAUGAAUCUGACAAAAGUUACAUCCUAAAGCGAAAGUAAUACAUCAGAAUACUAGGAGAAAUAUUUUACAUCAUGGUUAAACUACUAAUUCACACACCAGAAUUAACAUACAAAAUAUUUACAUGCUAAAAUUUUUUCUUCGCUUCUCCUCCUGCUUCUUUGGCUCUCCGGAGUGCUUCAGCUGCUUCUUUUAAUUUUUCUUCAUAACGUUCUGCUAUGCCAGUAGGUCCGGUGAGCUUGCCAAACGUGUCCCUCCCAAUAACAAACAUGUUGACAACAAGACGGGCCGCUUUACGCACUGGGUAAGAAUCAGCCAAUCGAUUUAUAAGUUGUUCAUUGUUAACCAGAUAAUGAAACAGCCACCGAAACACCAUUUUCGCAAAUGUUAUGCUUUAGGUAUUUCAAAUGUGCACAUCGUCCGAUACUUGCGCAAUAAUUCCUUUUUUAGAUGGAGUUGUUUUCUCAGAGUUUCAAGCUUUAAUAAUUGCUCUUCUUUGCUAUAUUCUACUCCAGGCAAUCUGCGAACCUGACUUCGGGCUUCGUCGAAUUUCUUCUGCAAUUCCAAAACUUUUUGGCUGACGUCUUGAGACUCGCGGUUUUUCUGAGUUGUAUCGUGAGGAUCUCGUUCAACACCUCUAAUUAUUUCGUAAAUCAAAGGAAGGAAUUCAACAUCCACCUCAUCAACAGUUAGAGGAGUUGAGAGAGAGGAACAGUUUUGGUCACCUCCAUCCAUUAUAAAGCGUGCUUCUAUUGCACAUCUACACACUGUCUUUCUUUCUCAAAAAACAUGUUCUUGUUUGACAAACAUUUUUAUGAUGGUCACAAUUUAGAAGCACGUUUGCGAGUUUAAAAUAUUAAUAGAUUCGGAAGAAAAUUAAUGUUUUAACGAAUUACAGCUGUUGCCUCCGAACUAAAUAAUUGGGAAUUAUUAAAUAACAUAACACUCAGAAAUUUCACUAAUCACCAACAUUGAAGUUCCAGACGGAUGCUCUCCACUUUCUCACCAAAAUAGACGCCGAAAAUAUGAAGGAACAUAUAAGUAAUCGAGGCACUGCCUGCUUGCACGAGGUAAAUGGCUAUCCAUUGCGAACAAACUGUUUAAGGUUGUUUCGCUCAGAUUGUAUUUCGUUGUAUUGGUUGUCUUUGCACCAUGGUUUCACUUACAACGUUCGUUAACACCCGCGCUAUCUAUACGCCAUUCACAGAAUCUCAGAUCUCGAAUGAAUUGAUCUGCCAUCUGGUGAGCUUCGCAGUAGUUUAACCCAUUCAGAACCGACUAUACUCCAAUUUUUCUUUAGUAGCCGAUGAUAUUAGGUCAUCAGAGAGUAUGUAGUAGUUAGGUCAUUGUUACACCCCCUGCAAUAAAAAUAAUAAUGAAUUAAAAUGAAACUGAAACUCCCGAAAUUAAUCUUUUUAAGAGUCGUAACCAGAGUGAGACCACGAGCCCCGUUGAGGACGUUUGCGAGUUAAUUAAAAAUAUAAAUUUUAUAAGG